CUGGAACUGUUUGUGUAGAUAAUAAUUUUUAAUUUAAAGAAAAAAUGAAGUGUUAAUAAAUCUUGAAAGAUUAAUAUCGCGAGAUAAAUACAAAUACACAAAAAAUGGCAGAUCCGAACAAUAAUCGCAAUAAUGGUGGUUCAAAUAUGCAACAAGAUUUAGGAUCUAGUACAAUUAGUUAUCUUCCAAUUUUAUUUGCAAAUGGCUAUCCAACCUCACUAGAGAAAAUGACACAAGAGCAACUCGAGUUGUUUAUUCCAUUUUUAAUCAAAUGUUCACUUAACCUGAAAACUGAAGAGGAACCAAAAAUAGCACCAAAAUGGUGGCCAACAAAUUUAGAAUUUUCAAUGCCGUUUGAAAAGCCAAAAGAUUAUAAUAAGAAUUGGAAGGAGGCGAUGAAAAAUUUGGUAUUAAAGUGCUACGAUUAUCAUAAGCAACCAUUUCUACUCAAGUAUUCAAAGGAUUUAAGCGUUUAUGAUACAGCAAAUUUUCGAUAUGUUAGAGAUAGUGACACAACCACAGCUCUUUGGAGUAGGGAUCCUAAAAAGUUACUUUUAACUUUUCGGAAUGAAUUAAUGCAAUACGAUAGAAAAAGGAGACGGCAACUGUGGAAGAAGGAUGAGGCCGUUAACGAGACAGAAGAGGCAGAUUCAACAUUUGAUAUUUUCCUGUGCGAUUUUUGUGAUGCAACCUUUGUAUCAGAAGAAGCAUAUACAGAACACGAAAAGAAAUGCAAUCAGGCGCCAGAGACAGAACAAACUAUUGAAAAUAUUGUGAUAAGUGACGAUGAAGAAGAAGAUGUAGAGGACGACAAAAUUGAGAUUGAGAUGAUGGGUGAACAAAAUGACUUUUUAGGAUAUUUUAGUCUUAUCGGUAUGAAUGCUGAUGAAUUACCUCGUAGAAACAGUUUAUUAGAGCGAAGUUUAUCGCCAAAGAAGAAAAAGAAGGCUGUGCCGAGGACACGGGUAUGUCAAAAGGAUCGAGAAAAAGAGUAUUCAAUUCCUUUUUCAUCACCCGCCGGUAUUGUUCUUACGAAAAAGCCUCUAAUCGAUGAGGAUUAUAACUUACAAAGAUUGAAUAGAAAUGAAGACUUUUGUACUGCAAAAUCCACAACAAAAGUGACUAGAACGAAGAUUAAGUUUCCACAAAAUAAUACAGAGAAGACAUUAAUGAGGCAAAUGAGAAAAACACGUCCUUAUCAUUGGCCAAGAAAACAAUUAGCAUCGUCAUCUAGAGAGAAAAAUUUCGAAUUUCUUAAUCGAUGGCUAAUAGAAGACUGCAAGCCAUUCACAAUUCCCACAAAGAAAUUAACAAAUGAGGACAUAAAAUCAUACAAAGAUAGACUGAUAAAAAUCAAAGAGAAAAGGGAGCAUUCGAACUGUGUUGAUUUGAUCUCGGACUCAGAUAGUGAGUCAAUAGAGUUAGGUGACAUAAAUGAAACAGAUGUGAGUGAUGCAAUGAUGAAACUUAAUGGACAAUUCUUAUCUGUACCAAUACCCUCAACAUCAUCAUCAUCGAUUAAUAAUACAACGAGUUACUCCUCAACAAGAAUUCCACCUUAUAAAGAAUUAUCAAAUCUUAAAUAUGUAACUACACAAUAUCUUCCAAAUGGAGACAUUCAAAUUAGUCAACGGACAUCGUCGACAAGAAUUAUUCAGUCUAGUACAUUUCAUACAAAUGAUGUAAAUAAUAUACAGAAUCCAUGUGACGAUCUUGAGUUAAUUGAUCAUCAUAAUGAGAAACGAUCAAGCUCGAUACAUGAAUGGCUUAGUAAUGUAAGUGGAGAGAAUUUUCAAAUAACUACAUAAUAGUUGAGUAUUUAAGCUCAUUAAUGAUCAUAAAUUCAGAAAUUUAAACAUGAUAUCAUGUCAUCUAGCGAGAUGACUAAGGCUAAGGCGCAUUUUCUUGGAAGUUUUAAUUUGCUUUAAAUCGGAUUGAAUUGUCAUUGAUGAUAAAAAUUAAACUUAAAGCAUGUACUAUUGUUGAUAAUGAUCUAAACCUAGCUUGGGUUGUGAAUUUUCAGCCUGGCUAUUUUAUUUUUUGGCAUAGAAUCCAAUGCUUCUGUAAGGGUUAACUAGACAAGAGUAAAACCUGUCAAAAACUAUUGUAAAAAACUAAAACAAAUCCAAUCCAGCCCAAAAAUAAGUCAUAACCUUAAAAUUGCACUUCAAAAUGCGCUUUAAAAUCUCAACUCCCUCACAUUUUGAGAUUCAUUCAUUCUCACAGAAAUAUUUUCACAAAAAAAUAUCAUAAUAUCUACCUAAUAAUAAAUCAACUAUGAUUAAACAAUAAUCGUUAA